AUGGAGAUGAUUAUCGCCACAAAAGGGUGGUUGUCCUCUAACUUCGAGAUGAAGGACAUAGGUGAGGCAAAUUAUAUUCUAGGGGUUAAAAUCCUUAGGGAUCGCUCAAAGAAACUUUUAGGUUUAUCACAACAAAACUACAUUAAGAAAGUUCUUGAGCGUUUCCAAAUGCAUAAUUGCAAACCCAUAAAUACUCCAGUCACAAAAAAUGAGAGCUUAAGCCUUGAUAUGUGUCCUAAGACUCAAGAUGAAAAAGAAAAGAUGGCUCGUGUUCCCUAUGCUAAUGCAGUUGGAAGCUUGAUGUAUGCAAUGAUGUGUACUCGGCCUAAUAUAUGUUAUGUUGUUGGAUUAGUAAGCAGAUUUCAAUCUAAUCCAAGACUUGCUCAUUGGAAAGCUGUCAAGAGGAUAUUAAGGUAUCUAAAAGGGACAGCAAACUACGUCAUUUGUUAUCAGGGUUCAGAUUUGCGUAUGAUUGGCUAUAGUGAUGCUGAUUGGGGUAGUGACCUAGAUGAACGCAAAUCUACAUCUGGAUAUGCUUUCUUGCUAAAUAAUGGUGCCAUCACUUGGAGUAGCAAGAAACAACCUUGUAUAGCAUUAUCAAUAAUGGAAGCAGGGUAUGUAGCAUGUUCAACAGCUGUUCAGGAAGCAGUUUGGUUAAGGAGGUUCUUUCAGAAUCUUGAGGUUGUCAAGGAUGCCUCGGAUCCCGUUACGGUACAUUGUGAUAGCAUGGCAGCACUUGCCUAUGCUAAAACACAUUUCUACAAGCCUCAUGAUUGUUGA